AUGCGCGCGCAGGCCAAGGAGCUGAUCGAGCUGAUAUUCAACAGCAUCAGCCACCAGACCAACAGCAGCAUGGCCAUGCUUUCGAUUAUCAACACCGUCUUCCUGCCGCUGACGUUCCUGGCAGGUGUGUUUGGCACCAACUUCGAGUCAGUGACAGCCUACAAGUGGCCCCAGGGCUUCUGGUGGUUCUGGGGCCUCUGCGCCAUUGUGACCGGGGCUUUUAUGGUGCUGCUGCGGUGCUGGGGGAUGUUUCGCAGAUAA